UUUCGUCUCAAUUGCAAUUUCAUAGAAUUUGUACUCCCUGUAUUGAUACUUAACUGAUGACGAAAUGUUACGAGAUUCUGCACAGUCUGCAGAUCUCAACCUGGAAGUAUCCGGAUCCGGCUUGUUGGGACGGUGCAUGCUGAGUGUGCAGGUUGCCGCCCAAUUUGCUUACGAUGAUGAAGAUAGUUGCUUACGUUUGCUGUUCUCGUCCCUAACCUCGAACCGUGGGAUAGUUAUCCAGUGUCCAGUCUUCAAACAGCCAGUUCUGACGUGGUGUGAGAAUGACCUCGAACGGUAUUAGGAGUACUAGACCUAAAGCCCUGAUUGCUCUAUUUCUGAUGUUCUGAAACUUGAUGCAUUGGUAUUUUAAGGAUAAGUUCAGUACUUCUUUUUUAAUUGCUGAUAUUUCGCAAGAGAGGUUCUAAGGUUUUGUGGCUUGAUUGUUGAUUGGCCAGGCUCAAUGUAGCGGCCACGCUCACCUGAGUCUUCAAACCUCAUCUUCCACCUGACGAUUCCAGCCUGACUGGUAAAGCAAACUCCCUUUUACAGCCACUGUCUGCUGGGCUACUACACCGAUACCUCUCAUAAUCGCUUUUGAAACUACUUUGAAUCUACAGCACCCGGUAUUUUGCACUCAGCAAGACGAGGCUGUGCCUAAGAAGCACAAUCAGCUUGGUCACAUAGCUUUACUGGUUCAAUCGGCUCGAAACUGGGCAAUCACCAAUACAGUUUGAAGAUGAUCUGUUUCCGAUUCGUGGGGAAGCUCCUUCUUCGCUGGGACAUCGUCGAGAUCACCCUCGUCAUUUAUUCGAUCAGCAUCCUUUAUGCCAUAGGCAAGGGUCUUCGCUAUCGGGCAGCAAUAUCAACAAUAGACAUAGGGAUGUAUGGGAUCGACAAAGUAUCCAGCUACUAUGGCCCUGGAAGCUGGGCAUCAUGGCUCUUUACUACUGCUGCCUGCUGCCUAGAUAGACUAUUUCGUAAACCAGAACCCUACCAGGCUGGAAAAUUGAGUCAUCGAUACUUUACUGGCAUCGACCUCAACAUCAUCGGAGUCUACAGCUACCCCAUGGUCGCAGGCUUUGACCUCCUCACAAGGUCGAAACACUAUUUUCAGUAUCCAAUGAUGCAAGUUUCCUGUCUUGCUGCUCCCUCUACAGUUCUUCACGUAGGCACUGGACUUGGCAUUCUUCUCACUAGCAUUUGUUUUCGACGAUGGUACCUGUACGGAACGGAACUUGCGGCUGUUUUUAUUGGCGCAUUGGCAACUUGUACCUUCAUCCUCAUGUACUCGGUAUUCGAUUGCUGGCUCCUCGGAUGUUCGCCGACAGACCUUGCACUAGGCUUCUUCUUGCUGCCUAGAUUAGCCCAUCGAACACACAGGAGAAAUGAGCUCAUUCGACUAUUCCAGCACUCGAAACACGCGCAGAUAGUUUCCUACUUUGGAUGUCUUUUGGCUCCCACCUCGAUCUUUGACAACUCCUGUGUGACAGAUCUGGGAGUGGUAUUGUACCCAGUAGUAGGACUUGCCGGUCUUGUUCGUCUCUUCUCCAAAUCCAGACUGAGUUGGCGAACACCGUUAUUGACACUUGGCGUGACCAUUGCACUCUAUGGGGCCGACCUCUGCCUUUUUAUGUUAUUCAUGUACCUGGCAUACAUGUUCCCCGUAUACUUCUGGCUCUAUCCGUCGCCGCCCCUUACGUCGACAUCUGUGCUAGAUCUUGACCAGUUGUCCGUUUUGUGUCUUGGGGGUGCUCUAGUAUUCAUUAGUAGUGGCGUACGUUUGAUUGAUAACGAUUCUUGGGUUUUGGAAAAGCUUUGGGCACUUUCACGGCACGUUUCCCUGCGCCUGGCAAGGUUGAACCGUAACCUUUGUGGCAUAACCAGACGACAAGAAAUUCGGGUGGAAGCUGAUAUUCCACUCCCCGAACGAUGGAUCAAUUCACAUCGUGAUGGCUCGAGAAGCACGAUCCAAGACCAACGCGAGUUCGCAUCUCGGCCCAGAUCCUCAUCACCUCAACUGCCCUCUCCAACUUUACCACCUCGUCCCCUCCCCGUUUUCCGUCUCCCCAGUCUUCCAAAUCCAAGCCCAACUCCAACUCCUCACACCUCUCCACAAACCCCACAACCUCCUCUCUUCUCCUCUCAAACACACACUCCCUCUCCAUUACAACACUUUCACCUACACCCUCGUCCCUCAUCGUUGCGACCAAUUUCUGAUGGACAGUCGGAAGCGCCAGCGCAUCGAGGAUAACGAGGCGGAGAACCGCGAGUUUGGCGCCUCUUGUGGAUGCUGGGCAGGAGGUGAUUGACUUCAGAAGAACUUCACGGAGGGUGUGCGACGCGAGCGAGAGGGUGAGGUGGUUGUGAAUCUGGGCUUGGAUUCGGGCUGGUGUUGAUUGGAUAGAUGAAGCAGUGGAGAGUGACGCGAGGAGGGCUUUUAAGUAUGUGAUGUAGAAUUUGAGGAGGGGUCCGUAUCCUGUUUCUAUUAUGUUAGCUCUGAUCUCCCUCUGCGCCAUGCUAGAGACCACGCCGUCUGUAUGUCUCAGAAGUUCAAGGGAAAAUGGAGAAUCAGACAAGCGGACUCACCUCUCCCACC